ACUAAAAGCUGUCAAACGGCUCUACCUUUUCUGAGGUGAGGAAUGGAGUGCUCCAGGAACUCUGUCAUCCUCUAGACGCUCAAAGAAAACUUUGCAACUUCUUGUCUGGAGAAAGAAAAAUAACUGACUCAAAGAAAUUAAAAACGCUACACGGAGUUAAUUUAUUAAAGAAAAAUGGCGUCGGAGGUGAAUUUAAACGGGAACGAACUUUUGGAAGUUGACAUAUGCGACGGCGCUGUGUGCUCCGAGGACGAGAGCGGCGUUUUUGUCAACUCUGGCGCUUCCCUCCAGGAUGAUUUCACCGGCUUUCAGCAGUGGACGAGCCCCGCCGAGUCCUCUAAUGACACAUCAUCACCUCCGGAACAGCAGGUCCCCACCAGCGACAACGGAGCUCCGCCCGGCACUCACUGGGGCAGCACGGCCGGUGACAGUGACUCUGAGUCCCAGGGAGAUGGACUCAAAUCUCUGAGGUCUUCCAUAGUUGACUGUUUGCUGGUGGAGCUUUAUGAGACGUACGGCGGAGGCAGCAGGAGGAAUGUGGACAGCUGGGACAGCUCCACGGAGGCAUCCGGAUCGGAUGCUUUUCUGGGCCGCAGUAACUCCGGGUCCAGCUUCCUCCAGGAGCUCCAGGAGAAGCACACCAGGAGGCACCAGAUGAACUACCUGGCCCAGAAAGCCCCGGAGGAGCUGCUGUCAAUCAUCCAGGAGGUAAAAUAUCGUACGGGCCUGCAGUCGGCCAAGCUGCUUCGCCAGCUGAGGAGACGGGACCGACUUUGCCACAAACUGCAGAAGAACUACGACAUUAUCACAGCUUGUCUUCAAGCUGUCUCACAAAAACGACGAGUUGACACAAGGCUGAAGUUUACCAUCGAACCAUCGCUGGGAAAGAAUGGAUUCCAGCAGUGGUACGACGCCCUGAAAGCGGUGGCUAGGCUCCCUACUGGGAUACCAAAGGAAUGGAGGAAGAGGGUUUGGCUAACGCUUGCAGACCAGUACCUCCACAGUAUCUCUAUUGACUGGGAGAAGACGCUUCGUUUUGCAUUUAACGAGCGUAGCAACCCUGACGAUGACUCCCUUGGCAUCCAAAUCGUCAAGGACCUGCACAGGACGGGCUGCAGUUCGUACUGUGGCCAGGAGGGGGAGCAGGACAGGGUGGUGCUGAAGAGGGCGCUGGCGUACGCCCGCUGGAAUAGCGUGGGCUACUGCCAAGGAUUCAACGUCCUGGCGGCACUUAUACUGGAAGUUACAGAGGGCCAUGAGAGCGAUGCCCUUCAGGUGAUGAUCUAUCUGAUUGACAAAGUGCUGCCUGAGAGUUAUUUUGCCAACAACCUGCGAGCGUUGUCAGUGGACAUGGCGGUGUUCAGAGACCUGCUGCGUCUAAAGCUGCCUAGACUGUCCCAGCAUCUCUACCACCUUCAGAAAGCUGCCAACAGAGAGGCUGGAGGCAGCUACGAGCCUCCGUUGACCAACGUGUUCACUAUGCAGUGGUUCCUCACCAUGUUCGCCACCUGCCUGCCGGCGCCCACCGUGCUGAAGAUCUGGGACUCGGUUUUCUUUGAGGGUUCAGAGGUGCUGUUUCGGGUCGCCCUCGCCAUCUGGGAGAGACUGGGAGAGAGGAUCGAGUAUUGUAACACAGCAGACGAGUUUUACAGCACCAUGGGUUGUCUCACUCAGGAGAUGCUGGAGAACAACCUCAUCGAUCCUCCUGAACUCAUGCAGGAGGUUUACUCCAUGGCGGUUUUUCCUUUCCCUCAACUGGCUGAGCUGAGAGAGAAAUACACCUACAACAUCACUCCGUUUCCUACCUCAGUCAAAUCAAGUGCAAGUGGCGGUCUGGGCAGCUGGGAGAGCGAUGACGAUGCCGACAUGGAUGAUGAAGACUCUGUGGUGACGGCCCUCGGUUGCCUGGGUCCCCUGGGGGGCUUACUGGCCCCUGAGCUGCAGAGAUACCAGAAACAUCUCAAAGACCAGCGGGGAGAGCAGGGAAACAUCGCAGAGCUGAGCCCAGGAGCGGUGGGAGCUGGAGGGGGAGGAGGAGGAGGAGGAGGUGCCAGGGCGGAGCAUCAAGCAGCAAUCAACAGCAUGAUGAUGGAGAGAAUGAGCACCGACAUCUACGCCCUGAAGAAGCAAUAUACACGCAUCAAAAGGCGCCAGCAGGAGCAGGCUAUGCAACUCUACAUACGCACAGGACCAGGACCCAAAGUGGCCACAAGUGCAGGGGGACUUCAGGAGCAUCCCAAGAGACACAGCGACAGUACCGCCCACCACACUGACGAAAAGUGCCCCGCCACCCGUGUCCUGGCCUCCCAACUCAACCCUUCCAGCUCAGUAAUCAAUCACCUCCUUCUGGGUCGGAAACCGCGCGGAGAUCCCUGGUGCUCCAGACCCACAUCCACGAGCACAUCAACACUACCAGGGUCCCGAGCUGCUUCUCUGUCCCAGAGUCACGGCUCCCCAGCCAGACAGCGCUGUGGCUCGCUGCUCUCCAACAGUACUGGUUCUCCAGGGAGCUCUGGAGGAGACGCAGGGUCGCCCUGGCGUGCUCACGUCCGGGUACAUCGAAGGAAUAUAGCCAGGGCCCGAGCACAGCUAGGCUUUGGAGAUUCAGAGGAAAGGGAAGAUGAUGAGGAGAGGGAGGAAGCAGGAGGAUCAGCGAGAUUCGAGGGUGAAGGGGAGAGAAUGAUUGAGGAAAAUGAGAGAGAUGAUGAGGUCUCUGUGUCUCCGUCUCCUGAUCCCUCUGGUACUGCAUCCGUGUGUGAAGAUGCUCUACAGGUGGCAGAUGGGACAGAAGAAGCAGAAGUUGCAGAGGUGGUAGUGCAACUGGACUCCCUGGAUCUAGAGGAUAAAUCAAAUCUGACCUCCCCCAACAACGCAAACCCAAAUACACAGCCCCCAAUAUCAGAGUCUAAACCUGCACCCCAAGCCCCCCUUCUCCCUCCUCCGCCAUCCUCAAACAGACACAAAGAAUCUGAUUCCUCAGGUUCAGAGAGAAGCACCGCCUCUGACAGACACUUUCCCUCCAUCGCUUUACCUCCACCUCACCACUCCUUCAAUUCCUCACCUUCCACCCUGAGUCCGUCCCCCUCUCCAGUCCCUACAUUGGCGUCUCUCGGUCCGUCCUGCUCGUCCUCUCCUACACCACCCUCCACCCCAACACCAAGCUCCACAUUCUGCCUCCCAUCAUCCCAGUCAGCUGACGGCUUCUCCUCUCUCACUCUUUCUGCAUCGUCCACAUUUUACAAAACUUCCUCCCCGUCCACUCCUUCGCUUUCCUCUAUCUCUUCCUCGUCCAGAUCUCGUUUAUCCUCCUCCCCAUCAACCCCAGGGCUCUCGUCUUGUGGUGCCUCCACUCCUAAACAGCAGGUCUUUUCCCCGUUCCCUAGCGUGAAGCAGCCCAGGAAAUCAGCAGCAGCCAGAAAUCUCGGUCUCUACGGUCCAACAUCCAGAACACCCACAGUACACUUCCCUCAACUUAGCCGCAACCUUAACCGCAGCAGUGCUGCCGGUACAACUGGGAGCCGAUGAAGACCUUUGGACUUCUGAACUGAUGCUAGAAACACACAGUCGGAACAUGAUAUGAAAAAUCAUUCUAUAGCUACACCAUGUUGCCUACUGCAUAUCAAGAAAAUAACCCAUAUCUUAUUUGAAGUAGGUUGAAAGUUGUAGAAAUGUAAAGUUCAGAUGUGUGCAGAAAUCACUUGAUUAUUGAUGUUGAAAUGUGAAGAUUGUGGUUCACCUAAUAAAGGGGUCAUACUGAAAUUCACAAGCCAUUACAGACAAACAAUUAGGAAGUAGUUGACUAUUUAUUGUGAAGGGCCCUUGUUUAUGUUUUGUUUAUUGUUUCAACCGCAUUGGUACUGAACAGCUAAGGAACACAGGACUAUAGGACUGUCACAGUGUCUAGCCCUUAACCGUGGCCUAUGCAGGUUUUUCUUGACUAUAAUGGAUGCACAAUAAAAAAAGAUAAGACAUAAGAUGUGGACAAUGUUUUACCAACUUUCUAAAAAGGUACAUUGCAUUUGAGCUGGAGAUCUAUGUCCCUAAAUAAUGAUUUAUCUACUGAACCUUGAGAAAAGAAUACCUCCUCCACUGAAACACAAACUCUGACCUGAACAAAUGCUCAUUUCUGGACUCAUGGACCAUAUGUGGCAACAUGAUGAAGUACGUUUUUUUUUCAUAUGAGAUUACACAAAAGCCAUCCAGUUGUUCCUAUGCCAAGUAUUUAAAAAAAGUAACCCAAGAAACAUGAGAUACCUAAGAAUUCCUGUAAAUGAAAAAUAAUAAAAAGGUAAAAUGUGCCCCUAAACCCGAUCUUAAAAUGUUUGAUGUCCUGAAGCACUUUUCUUAUUUACAGUCUGUAACUUGGCUGUUGAACAUGAGGCAUGUAAUAUCUCUGUCAAUAAUGAAGUAAGUGUGACUGCGAAUGCUA